AUGAAGUACAGGGACUACGUUUGCUAUCCGCCUGUGGCCCACCGGCGCAAGGAGCACGAGCGCAGGGUCACGAACAUUCCUAGCAUGCUCGAGAAUGACAAUUCUGGAUACCAGGGGCAGCAGCCAAGCACUUCCACGGCCACGCCCCAAGACGACGCUUCCAUUGAAGGUCAGACAUCGCCGUCCUACGCUGGCCCUUCUGCAGCAGAGGACCACGAGCACGCGCUUGCGAAGUAUUCAGCGCCUGCUGUCACACGCAAUGCAUCAGCACCAAAAGCGGCCAUGGCGGUGUCCGAUGUGAACUCCGAUUCCACCGUGGUGGGUCCACCCUUGAGCAGCAAGGUGCAGCACAGCUACCAGCUUCAGGCGCACAUUUCGCGACCUCCAAAGGCCUUCGUGCUUCUCGCACAGGAGAAGAGGCGAUCGGUGGCCAUGAAGAACCCUAACGAAAACAACCAGCGCGUCAGCCGCCGCCUCGUCAAGGAGUGGCAUUCUUUCAGCGACGCCGACAAGGAGCCUUACCAGAGCAAGGCUGCCGAAGUUGCCUCCGGCAGCCGAAGAAAGUACCCAGACUACGGGGUAUACAACAUCCAAGAGAGGCCCACUGGCCCAAGAAACAGGAGCGCAGGGCCAAAGAGAUUGCUAGCAAGCUCAAGAACAGCAGUUCUGGGCAUCAGUAGCAGCAGCCUGGCGGCGGCCAAGGGUCGAGGCACAGGGCUGUAG